UCAUACAAGCGAGAAAGUGCAUUGGAGAAAAGACGAGAGGAGGAGUGGAGGUCCGCCUGUGCUGUGAGCUGCUUGCGAUAUUAUCUCAGAAUACCUUUAUCUGAAACCCCUCCGUACCGACAGACAGUCCACAGACAGUCUGUCGUUGGUGUCGGUUACCUGGACGAGUGUCACCUGCAGGGAAUAAAAAUAAGGGUUGUUCUGAGGUCGCUCUGCUGAGAUGUCAAGGCUGUGACAGUGUGUGUCCAAGUGUGUCGGUACUGGAACAAGUCCUGUGACAUGGCUGCCGCGAAGAAGAGUUGUGCCAAGACAGGAGGCGUUCGCUUCUCAGAGGAAUCCCCCGCCGCCGCACACCCGACACAUGUUCACUUCGACGAGAAGCUGCAUGACUCCAUCGUCAUGGUGACACCGGAGGAUGACGGCAACUUCAUGGUCAAGGUCGGCUUCCUAAAGACGCAGCACCGGUAUGAAAUAGUGUUCACGUUGCCCGAUGUCCCGGCUCUGGGGAAGGAUGUGUGUCCAGCGCCAGUUCCCAGUCCACACCUCCGGAUCACUGAUAUCACACCGGCACCGGAGGGAGGUCUGAAGGUGACGUGUGAGUACAUGGCGCAGCAGGAGGGCGUUCUGUGUGAGGAGGUGCUGCUGCUGAGCGAGACCAACCAGGACGUCUGCGUUAAGGUCAAAGUUCACGCCAGAGUCAUGGAUCGUCACCACGGUACGCCCAUGCUGCUGGAGGGGGUGCGCUGCAUCGGGGUGGAGUUGGAGUACGACUCUGAACAGAGCGACUGGCAAGGAUUCGACUAAAGAUCCGGCUCCACUUCAACCCAAAGUACACACAUAUAUACACACACACACACACAUACCUGCCAUCAGAGAAGUGUACACAAAUACAGCAAAAAGGAUUUAGUGCCACGCAAUGUCCAAACAGUAUGUUAAUCAGCCCAGUGUUCAGUGUUAGAUUCAGAGGAAACGUGCGUCCUUUACACACAAAAACAUUCCUCAACUGCAACAUCAACAACAUCUGAACACAGUUUCCUCCUAUAUAAAUAAACAUUGAUUGAUUGAUCCUCCCAAUCCUCUUUUUGUCACCUUGAUGUAUUCAGUUGUACUUUCCUUACUGAGCCUCUAGAGGGCAGCAGCGCUCUUUGAAUCCGAUAUCAAAUCCCUUUUCACCUCUUCUCCUGACAUAUACACUGAAUGUGUUUAAAGGUAAGGGAGUAAACAAGGGCUCUUUUAUUCAUAAAGUAGCUUUAAAUUGACCCGUAGCAAAGGAAUAUACAUCAAGACUUUGGUAGCUGAGCCUGUAAUGUCUCUGUUUCACCACAAGGGGGCACUGCAGACCAUCAACUAAAGAUCCUUCAAUCUAAAAGCUUUUUUUUUUAUUGGACAAACUUCUUCAGUGUGGUCACAUUUCUCCAUUUAAAGUUCAAAUCCAACUACAGGGCUUUUACACUGCUCUAUAUCGUUACCCCGAGACAACUUAAGUUACUGAUUUUUUGCAUAUCCCAGGAAAUCCCAAACAACAUAUGUGAACAUUAGCAAAAAUAAAUAAAAAUUACAUAGAAAGAGAGGCUUUCCUCCAAUAAAAACAGAAGAGAAUAUCGCUUCAAAACGCGCGUUAGCUAUAUAUGGCAUCUAUUGAGCAUGAUUAUGAAACAUAUACGUGACGUUUUUAAUGAAGAAAGAAGAGUUUUGACUUUUUUUUCUAAAUCUGAUGUUUAGCGUUUAUGUUUAAAAACCCUGCUAUCAAACUUCUUUACUGUUUAGCUAAAAAGGCGUUGUUUUUCCCCCACCUUCCCCACAAUUAAAGACAUGUUCAACCAAAGCAACAUUAACAGUUAAUAGGUGUAAAUCAACUGACAAAUCUAUCCUUAGCCAUUCAGAAAACCUUUUUUUUUCAGGCUCUUAAUUUUGAUAUCUCCGGGUUCUGGGGUGUUUAAAGGCAGCACUUUGCACGUUGGACAGGCCAAACUAAUUGUCUACUAAUUAAGAAAAUAAUAGUAAGAUUAAUCACCAUUUUAAAUAAUCUUGCAUUUAAGGCUUGUGGGUGGAUUUGUCCAGCAGAGUUUGUGAAGGAUUUAUUUUGUCUUUUGUUUGAAUUCAUCCACAAAGCCUUCAGAACACUCAUGUCACUCAAAGUGCCUUUCAUUGUACCGUCCUGUCAUUUCCCUUAAAACCCUGAUGUUGUUUUUACCAUCACAUCCUCUCACACGGGAAAAACACUCGCACCAGCUGCCUGUUUGUUGACAUUUCAGUGUUGAAUCCAUCUUCCAGCAGCUUUGCUCCAACAGGUGCUUCUGUCUGAUCACAGUACAGAACACACAGAGCUGACAGGCAUUGAGGAUUCAUUCAAUUGCCUGUCAGCUCUGCCUAAUUUACAUUUGUGCCGUGAUCUGGCUGCACUGCCGUCUCCAAUUUCCCACAAAAUCCUAACAUUUCCUCUGUGAGAAUCAACAGUUUUUGUUGCACCAUAUUGAAUACAUCGGCCUUAAAGGAAAUGAUUCUGUGUGUAACUUCUCUACAUAUUCGACCACAAGCUGUCGGUUUAGUUCAGAUAAAAUACAUGUAUUUGAUGUUUGCUUGAUAAUGUCUGCUUUAAUGUAAAACUGAAAAUAGGUCACUGUUCCAAGAAUGUAGCCGUUUGUCUUCUGUGGGUGUGAUGUGUAUUUUCUAAUGUUGAAAAUAAAUAAAAAAGUGUGUAUGA